GAAAUAAACGAACCAACAAACAAACAUCUUAUCCAUAUUUUCAGCUUCUUACAGAACGACACAACCAACCGAUGACUGAUUCUAUCUGAUUUCAUAUUUCCCAAGAGCUUCUUCAACAAUGGCUGAAACCCUAACUCUUCUCCAACAUGUCUUCCCACCAACUUCUACCAAAUCUACUCAUCAUCUCUUUCCAUUAUCAAAAAUAUCACUCAGGCAAAGCUCAGUUUCAAGAUUCAGCUAUGGCGGAUCCACUUUGAAUCAUCAGAUUAGGGAAUGUUGGAGAAGUGAGGAAAGGAUUUCUAGGUGUGGUCGAGAUGUUAAAAUGAAGGCAUCGUGGGUUCCAUUGAUGGCUGUGAUGGUGGAACACAUGGAGGGACAAAGAGACCUCAUUACUUACAAGUCUAUUUGGCAUCUCAGUGAUCAAGCCAUAAAGAAUGUUUAUGCAGCGUACAUCUUCUUCGUUUGCUGGGGAUGCUGUUUCUUUGGCUCUAUGAAGGAUCCGUACUAUGAUUCGGAACAUUACAGAGGCGAUGGUGGCGAUGGAUCAGGCCAUUGGGUCUACGACAAGCAAGAAGAUAUUGAAGAGAGAGCAAGAGCAGAGCUAUGGCGUGAAGAGUUGAUCGAAGAGAUUGAACAGAAGGUUGGAAGCUUAAGAGAGUUGGAGGAGACUACCACUUCCCCCAAAGGUUAGUCAUUCUAUAUAUAUAUAUAACUAAUUGUAAUUUAUUAUUUCUUUUGGUUGCUAUAUAUAUACACUAGAACUUGACGCCGCCGAGUGAGUGACUUGUAAUAUAAGAAAAUUUGUUAUGUAUUGUUAGAAAUAUAUUUCUUUGGUCGUA